UGACGAAAACAACCAAACUAAGGUCCAAUUUGAAACUAUCAACUAUAGUUCAGAGAAAUGUUUGUUACACAAUGUACAGGCUAUGUCGAUUGAAUGGGCCUCAGCCCAAUAAGAAAUGGGCCUCUCGUUGAAUAGCCUAUAACACUGAUGCUGGGUUCCGUAAAUCCAACUCCACACAGCAUAUGAAGAACUGCAUGAAACUCCGGCAUCCCUAUCACCGUCUCCGGCUAACAUCCCGGCAACAGCUCCGUCACUUCGCCACCAAAUACAGCGGAAGAGUGGUGGUAGAAGCCGAAAACGGCCGUUCAUUCGCCGUCGAAGUUGACGCCCCUUCACUCCAAACCGAUUCCCGAGGCUACGCUCUUCCUCGCCGUGACCUAAUCUGUAAAAUCUCCCAAAUUCUCAAAUCACCUCCUUCAGCUUCUUCCGAUCCUUUCCUUGACUUAUCCGAUUACCUUGAUACACUUACACUAACCCUAACUCCUUCUGAAGCUUCCGAAAUUCUCAAAUCGCUAAAAUCUCCAACCCUCUCUCUUCGCUUUUUCCGAUUUUGCCCUUCCGAAAUCCCUAAAUUCCGUCAUGAUUGCUUCACUUACAACCGUAUCCUUCUCAUUAUUUCCAAAUCCUGUAUACCUAACCGGCUCGAUUGUGUACGUGAGAUUGUUGAUGAAAUGGAAAAGUUUGGUAUUAAAGGGAAUAUAUCGACUGUUAAUCUUCUCAUUGGGAUAUUUGGAGAUGGAGAAUUCAAAGGGGAUGGUGGCGAUGAGCUAAAGAGGUGUUUGGGUUUGGUUCAAAAAUGGGAAUUGAGGUUGAAUUGCUAUAGUUAUAAGUGUCUUUUACAAGCUUAUAUUAGAUUGUGCAAUUACGAUAAGGCGUUGGAAGUAUAUCAAGAAAUGAGGAUGCGUGGGUAUAGAUUGGAUAUAUUUGCUUACAACAUACUUCUUGAUGCUCUUGUUAGGGACCAAAAGGUUGAUCAGGUCCAUAAGGUUUUCGAGGACAUGAAGAAGUGGCACUGUGAACCUGAUGAAUAUACUUAUACCAUUCUGAUUAGAAUGACUGGGAAAUUAGGGAAGCCAGGUGAAUCAUUGUCUUUCUUUCAGGAAAUGCUUUCGAAGGGUAUUUCACCAAAUUUAAUUGCUUAUAAUACUAUGAUCGAAGCUCUUGCCAAGGGACGCAUGGUUGAUAAGAGUAUCUUUGUGUUCUCUAAGAUGGUGGAGAAUAGUUGCCGGCCAAAUGAAUUUACUUACAGCAUUAUUUUAAAUGUAUUGGCGGCUGAAGGGCAACUUGGAAGACUUGAUGAAGUCGUGGAAAUGUCUAAGCGAUACAUGAAUAAAUCAAUUUACACAUAUCUUAUUAGAACGUUGAGUAAACUAGGUCAUGCAAGCGAAGCUCAUAGACUGUUUUGCAAUAUGUGGAGCUUCCAUGAUAGAGGAGAUCGCGAUGCUUACUUGUCCAUGUUAGAGAGCUUAUGCAAUGCUAAGAAAGUAACUGAGGCUAUUGAUUUGCUGAAUAAGAUGAAUGAGAAGGGAGUAGAAGCAGAUGCCUUCAUGUAUAAUACUGUCUUCUCUGCUCUUGGGAAAUUAAAGCAAAUUUCUCAUCUUCAUGAUCUCUAUGAGAGGAUGAAACAGGAUGGCCCCUCCCCAGACAUAUUUACUUAUAACAUUUUGAUCGCUAGCUUUGGUAGAGCUGGGGAGGUUGAGGAAGCUCUCAAGGUUUUUGAAGAACUUGAGAAUAGCAAUUGUAAACCUGAUAUUGUCUCCUAUAACUCCUUAAUAAAUUGUCUGGGAAAGAAUGGUGACAUUGAUGAAGCACACAUGAAAUUCAUCGAGAUGCAGGAAAAGGGCAUGAAUCCUGAUGUUGUAACAUACAGCACUCUCAUUGAGUGCUUUGGGAAGACCGAAAAAGUUGAGAUGGCACGUCGGUUAUUUGAUGAAAUGCUUGCAGCUGGCUGUUAUCCUAACAUAGUGACUUACAAUAUCCUACUUGGCUGUCUCGAGAGAAGUGGGAGAACUUCAGAAGCUGUUAGUUUAUAUGCAAAAUUGAAGGAACAAGGUUUGACAGCUGAUUCAAUCACGUACACCAUCCUUGAACGUUUACAAAGUGGUUCUCAUAGAACAUCGAGAAUUCGCAGGCAAAAUCCAAUCACCGGUUGGGUGGUUAGUCCAUUUAGGUGACAGGGAAACAUGGACUAGAUUAAGGUGUUAGGGAAACAUGGACUAGAUUAGUCCAUUGGGUGGUUAGUCCAUAAAGGAUUUUACCGCUCAGUUGUGCUUUCGCUUGAGCACUAAUGUUGUUAAAGCGGCAUGACAUUUAAUUUAUACUGAGAACUCUCAUUACUAGGAACUAAGCUGUCUCGAAGAGUGCCCUUCUGUAGACGACAUGGAUUCUUUUCUUAUGUGAAAGUUGUUACAUGAUCUGAUCUCUUUGUCAGAGAGGCAAUUGUAGAUUGGUGCUUAUUUACAAAAUCCAAAGUGGUGAAAUUGUUUACGUCUACAGUUAUUGUAAUGUUCAAAGUCCUCUUUGGCCAUAGUAACCGCUGUAGAUGAAAUCUCUAAAUGCCUCUGAAUCUUGAAGCAUGAGAUAGCACUAAUCACCCAUGUUGCCAGAGUUGAGGUGAAAAGUGAAAAGAAGACAGAAGUUGGGUCAAGUUCUUAGCUGCUUAUUUCUUGAAUAAUUGGCACUGUUUGUGAAAAUCAAAUAUUUAACUGAACUGAUCACUGGGUCUUGAAAGAGUUGAAAAGUGAAUUGGGACAGUAAGCAGUGUUUAUUUCUGGCAAGUAAAUUUGUGGAAUAUUAUCUAUGCAACUUAUAUCCUGUCUCCAAUGUUGUCGAUGAAUGUAUCGUCAUAUUGUGGGUGUAUAACUAUCCUCUGAGAUGUAGUCGUGUAGCAUUUUCCA